AUGAGGCAGCGGUGGAGCAAGCGCAAUCCUGACUUUGCGCACCUGCAGGAGCUGCCGCGCCCGUCGCUGGUGGCGCUGCCCGGGUCGGUGGCGGCUCCCGGCGGCCGCGUGACCCUGCGCUGCGCGGGCGGCCUGCGGAACAUGAGCUUCGUGCUGUACCGCGUGGACGUGGCGGCCCCGCUGCAGUACCGCGACUCGGCGCAGCCCUGGGCCGACUUCCCGCUGCUGGGCGCCCGCGCCCCCGGCACCUACAGCUGCUACUACCACACGCCCUCCGCGCCCUACGUGCUGUCCCAGCGCAGCCCGGUGCUGACCGUCCGCGCCGAAGGUGAGGGCCCUGCGCCCGCCGCCUCCCUCAGACCCAGAAAUGCAGGCCGCAGUCCUCCUCCCUCGGACCCGGGAGUCCAGGCCCCAGCCCUCCUCCCUCGGACCCGGGAGUCCAGGCCCCCAGCCCCUCCUCCCUCGGACCCGGGAGUCCAGACCCCCAGCCCCUCCUCCCUCGGACCCGGGGAGUCCAGACCCCCAGCC